AAAUCCCCACCGAGCCGCAACGGUGAUCAAAUCUUCGAGUAGUGUUGUGCGAGAGUCGCGUAUAGUGUUAGUAUUUAAUUUAUUAAAAUUUUACAAAACAAAAAAUGAGGGAAAUCGUGCACAUCCAGGCCGGCCAGUGCGGCAACCAGAUUGGAGCUAAGUUCUGGGAGAUCAUCUCUGACGAGCACGGCAUCGACCCCACCGGUGCCUACCACGGGGACUCUGACUUGCAGUUGGAGCGUAUCAACGUAUACUACAAUGAGGCCUCCGGCGGCAAAUACGUGCCCAGGGCCAUCCUGGUCGAUCUCGAGCCAGGCACCAUGGACUCUGUCCGCUCAGGACCCUUCGGACAAAUCUUCCGCCCGGACAACUUCGUGUUCGGACAGUCCGGUGCCGGCAACAACUGGGCCAAGGGACACUACACAGAAGGCGCUGAACUUGUCGACUCAGUUCUCGACGUAGUCCGCAAAGAGUCAGAAUCUUGUGAUUGCCUGCAGGGUUUCCAGCUUACACACUCCCUUGGUGGCGGUACCGGUUCCGGCAUGGGAACAUUACUCAUUUCAAAGAUCCGUGAAGAGUACCCCGACAGAAUAAUGAACACCUACUCAGUCGUACCCUCGCCCAAAGUAUCAGAUACUGUGGUGGAACCCUACAAUGCUACCCUCUCCGUUCACCAACUGGUCGAAAACACCGACGAAACCUUCUGUAUCGACAACGAAGCGCUUUAUGACAUCUGCUUCCGCACAUUAAAACUGUCUACACCCACCUACGGUGAUCUCAACCACUUAGUAUCCCUCACAAUGUCUGGUGUCACCACUUGCCUUAGGUUCCCUGGUCAGCUAAAUGCUGAUCUCCGUAAAUUAGCUGUAAACAUGGUACCAUUCCCACGUCUCCACUUCUUCAUGCCCGGUUUCGCGCCACUCACCUCCCGCGGAAGCAGACAAUACCGUGCCCUCACCGUGCCAGAACUCACACAGCAGAUGUUCGACGCUAAGAACAUGAUGGCCGCCUGCGACCCUCGUCACGGUCGCUACCUUACUGUAGCAGCCAUCUUCCGCGGCCGCAUGUCCAUGAAGGAAGUCGACGAGCAGAUGCUUAACAUCCAAAACAAGAACUCGUCGUACUUUGUUGAAUGGAUCCCCAACAAUGUCAAGACAGCCGUCUGUGACAUUCCUCCACGCGGCUUGAAGAUGUCGGCUACUUUCAUUGGCAACUCGACCGCCAUCCAAGAGCUCUUCAAGCGUAUUUCGGAACAGUUCACUGCUAUGUUCCGUCGUAAGGCUUUCCUCCAUUGGUACACUGGCGAGGGCAUGGACGAGAUGGAGUUCACUGAAGCCGAGUCCAACAUGAACGACCUGGUCUCCGAAUACCAACAAUACCAAGAAGCCACCGCCGACGAUGAAGCCGACUUCGAGGAGGAGCAAGAGCAGGAGAUCGACGACCAUUAAACACUGCCCACACGCGUUGCUAAGCAACAAAACACAUGCCAUUAUCUCUCGCGUUACUUUUCCUUCAAGUAACAUUAAUGAACCCAGCAAUAUAUUCGAUCGGCAUAUUGAAAAUACAUGCUUUCUAACUUUUAACAGAA